AUGCCAUUUCUGUCGUACGCCCAUAUACUUGAACUCCAGCAACAGCUGGAAGGCACCCGGGCUCGGGUGAUAUGCGCUGGCUCCGAAGAGUAUGCGGAGAGCAUCAAGCGAUGGAGUGAUACGUGCGAGAAAGAAGCUGUGCCCGUUGCUCAGUAUCCACGGAACAUCCCUUUAACAGUACCACAGGGCGCAGUAGUCAAAGUCACGUCCACAUCCGAAGUCUCUGAAGUGAUUAGGUUUGCCCGAAAGCAUCGUAUCUCUUUCGCGGUAGAAGCCGGGGGACAUUCCACCACCGGGUCCUCGGCAUCUCAUGGAGGCAUUGUCAUCAGCCUGUCUCAGAUGCGGAAAGUCCUCACAGACCCCGCUUCAAAGACGGUUUGUGUCCAAGGUGGUGCCACCUGGCAGGAUGUCAACAGUUCCACGGCUCCCUACGAUUUAGUGGUUGUAGGUGCCACUUCAAGUCAUGCUGGCGUCGCGGCGUCGACACUGGGGGGAGGAUACGGAUGGCUGACAGGGAGGUACGGUCUGAUCAUGGACAGCCUACUGAGUGUCAGGAUGGUACUCGCAGAUGGCUCCAUUGUCGAAGCGUCAGAAACUACUUCCCCAGAGCUUUUCUGGGCGGCCCGAGGUGCCGGACAAGCCUUCGGUGUGGUGACUGAGCUUGUCUUUCGUGCGUAUGAUCUGAAACAUCACGUAUUCGGGGGUGCUCUGUACUUUACACCAGAUAAGCUGCCAAAGAUUGUGGAUUUCGCCAAUGAAUUCCACCGUCGCAUGGAUGAGAACAGCGGCCUCAUGUUUGGGUUCACGGCGCCUCCGUUUAUGACGGAGACAGCUAUACUGGCCAUUCCUUUCUAUCAUGGCACCCGCGAAGAGGCAGAAGACUUUUUCGAACCCCUCCUGUCAGCUGGCCCUGCUGCAUCGCAAAUCGAUAUGAUGUCUUAUACGAAACUCAACGCGGUGGCUAAUGUAGAACCGUCUCCAGAGGGCCGCAAAAGCAUCAACGGGACCAAUAUCUCCCCGCCACUUGACACCGACUUUGUACACGAUGUAUACAGCCAAUUCGACAGGGUAAUGAGAAGCUGGAGGCGAGUGGGAAAUAGUGUACUCAUGUUUGAGCUGCUGCCAUAUACGCACAUCAUUGCAGUACCAUUGGAUGCUACGGCUUGCGCUAAUCGAGGCCGGUACUACAAUGUUGGCUCGAUCUUCUGCUGGCAGGAUCCAGAUCUCGACCAGAAGAUGCUGACAGAGCAGCAAGGCAUUAUGGCCAAGAUCGCGAAUUUCGGAUCCCGUGAGGAGGGCGAAAAUCGCGUAGCCGCAUAUGCCAACUAUGCUGGGCAUAAUAUCAGUGCUGCGAGGCUAUUUGGCGAGAACUUGGAGCGGUUGCAACAGCUGAAGAGAACCUUCGAUCCCAAUAAUGUGUUUAGAAAGUGGCACGACCUCCUCCAUCAAAAGAACGAACCACACUCAGUGUAA